UAUGUGAUCGAGGCCGGCCAGAGGCGCGUCCUGCAGAAGAUCACGCUGCCGCUGCUGCCCCGAGGGCAAAUGGGGGCCGCGGCGCACUGUGUCCGGUGCUUCCCGGGCGGCUUCGUCGUCGGCGGCGCACAGGGCAUGCUGGCCAUCUGGGAGAGGCCCGCGGCGAGCGAGGGCAGCGCGGAGGCGGACGGCGGCGGCCGCGAGGCCCUGCCCGAGUUCCGGCACCUCUGCACCGCCGGCGUCCGGGCCGAGGGGGGCGGGGUGCGCUGCGUGGACGUCGGCGGCGGCCUCCCGGACGGCGAGACGAAGGUGUUAGCCGGGUUCGCCGACGGCGGCCUCGGGGUA